AACAACAGUCGUCAGCAGCUCCCUAUCCUGCCGCGACUAGCUCUCUCUCUCUUUCGCUCUCUCUCUCUCUCUCUCUGUGUAUGAAGAACAUAUAAACCCUGGACAUUUCAUCAGGUGUCGCGGAACUGAGCGCAGAUUCGGACGUCUGCGUGCGUUCCUACACCGUGCUCCGUCUCCUGCCAUGAGGUGCCAUGGAUAAGCUGAAGAGUUUGGGUGAGGAGAAACGCUCUCAGGAGCGAGGAGUUCUGCACACAUGGAGAGGUUACUCCUACAGCGUCACUCCAGAGAAACUGCUCCUUUCUCGGCCCGUGCUUCAGGCUGCCCUCGGGGCUAAACACGGAGUUCUGCUGUUGGAGGGUGGGCAGGUGUACAGUUUUGGAGAAUUACCAUGGAAACAGAACCUGUCGUCUUUGAAAACGACAGACCCCAUUCUGGAGGCGGGGCUCAGCGAGAAGCGCGUGGUUUCCGUGGCAGCGGGGACCUCCCACAAUGGGGCGGUGACGGAGGACGGAGCCGUGCACAUGUGGGGGGACAACGCGCACGGUCAGUGCGGUCUGUCAGGACUCUCGGUCGUCCCCAAUCCUACGCCUGUGGGCGUGAUGGAGAGUGAGACCGCGCCCUCGAGACCGGUAAGGAUUUUGGAGUUGGCGUGCGGUGAGCAGCACACGCUGGCACUUUCGGUUGCGCACGAAGUGUGGUCAUGGGGCUUUGGCUGCCAGUUGGGGUUGCACACCGCGUCUUUUCCUGUCUGGAAGCCGCUGAAGGUCGAGCACCUAGCCGGGAGGCAUGUACUCCAGGUGGCGUGUGGAGCCUCACACAGUCUCGCGCUUGUGCGUUGCCCGUCCCCUCCUCAUGACCCACGCAGACCUCCCGAGGACAAAUGCGGCCAGUGCAAUCAAUCACUUUACACCAUGACCGACAAGGAGGAUCAUGUCAUCAUCUCAGACAACCACUACUGCCCCCUGGGGGUGGAACUCGAUGAAGACGACAACAAAUCUGCUUUGGAACAUGGCCUAGUUCAGGGUACUCCUAGUUCGAGGGGCAAGAUGAAAAUUUCCCCAUCUGAGCCGGUUUUAACGACACGCACCCAGACCCUGAGGUCCGCCUUUUCGUCCACGUCGAGCCCUGAAUCGCGGGAUGAGGUUCAAAUUGCAGGAGAAGCGCUUGUUCAGUCAAGUUUAAAAAACCUGGAGCGAGCUCAAGAUCCGAUGACUAACGGUGAUGUGUUUGAAGCAGCCACAGAGCCAAGCACUCAUGAGACGGAGAACACAAAGACCGCUCAAGGGUUUCCCGGGACAGGCCCCAAAUCCUCUCAGUACCCAGACGAGCAGGCGCUCAAAGAUUACCUGAAGAGGCUUUCGGAUCAGACUCUGGCUGAGCAAGCGGCUAAGACGCCGAGUACAGCUCCGUGUGCACAGAUUCUCCCUGAGCCUGCUGGUGUUUUCACCUCGGACCCCCCAACCCCCGUGGCACAGUCGGUCACCCCGAUGGGCUCCGCCCUGAACAACCUGGUGGUCUCGUACGCGUCGGCUGUAGGGGAACGAGUCGCGUCCACGUACGAGGCCCUCUCUCUGAGGAAAGUCAUCAGCUACUGGGGUCCAGGUGAAGAGAGGGUGCGUCAGGAGGAGCACAAACAAGGCAAGAAGAGCUCGAGUCUCAGCGACAUCCGCGAGGAGGAGGCCGAGGGUCUGAGUCGACGCCUCUCGCUCCCCGGCCUGCUCUCACAGGGUACAUGCGCUCUCCAUAUCUUAUACCACCACAUGCUGUCCCCACGUCUCUUACGGAGGGUGAAUCGCCCGCGUGACCGUGCCGUUGCCCUCGCCCCGGCUGGCGUGGCCGAAUCAGACGCCCGCUUGCCCUCUCUGCAGACGGAGGUGUGGAGCUGGGGACACGGUCAAGAAGGACAACUCGGACACGGAGAUGUCCUGCCCAGACUGCAGCCGUUGUGUAUUAAGAGCCUGAGUGGUAAAGAGGUAGUGAAAGUGGCUGCAGGUGCUCUUCACUCACUCGCCCUGACGGCGCAGUCACAGGUGUACUCCUGGGGCAGUAACAGUUUUGGUCAACUGGGGCACAUGGAAUCCCCCAGCACCAUCCCUCGUCCAGCCAAGCUGUCGGAGGGGAUUCGUGUAUGGGACGUGGCAGCAGGGCAGCAUCACACCCUCCUACUGGCUGACGGAGAUUGCCUUCAACCAAUUCUCUACUACAGCGGUCAGCAGGUGAAGGAGAGCUCUGAUGAGACGGCCCAGGAGGAGAGCGGAGGUUACACACAGCAACCUGUACUCCUGCCCUUCUGCAUGAACCUGGGCUACGUGAGCAGCGUGAGCGCAGGUGGACAGGUGUGUGCAGCGAUAGCCGACCGCAGCGUUGUGGGUUUAAUCGCCAGCCUGCACGAGCUGGCAGCGGCCGAGAGAAAGUUCUACUGCAAACUGACCAGCAUUAAGACCCUGCUGCUGCAGCCGCUGCUUAACCUGGAUUCUUUAAGCUCUGCGCUGGGACCCCCGUGCACGGGGCUCCUCCAGAAUCUGAUUGGCCGAUUUAGCCGCCUGUCACAGCUGACGGGUCAGAACUCCGCGGCCAUGACCUGCUUCCUGCGUCGCUCGCGUGAUCUCAGAGGCCUGGUGCUAGUUGACAACGCACAUCUGUUCCUGGACACAUAUUCUGAGUUCUGCGCUGCAGUGGGAAACAUGCUGGUCAUGGGCGGCUUUCAGGCACUCGUUAAACCUUGCCAGGAUGUGUUCGGAAAAGGUGUGGAGACGGUGCAAAAACUGUCCGAGUGUACAGAAGAUGGCGCGAUGCCGGCCGACGUUCUGGCUCAUCUCUUUUACCUUCCCGUCCGUCAUCUGCACGAGUACAGCCACCUGCUGCUCAAACUUGCCUCCUGCUACGAUCCGGUACAUGCCCCUCAGUUCUGUGCGGACCAUCAGAAGCUGCAGGAGGCCUGCUCCAAGUACGAGUCUCUGGCUCUUCAUCUUAAGAGGAAGAGGAAGGAAGCGGAAUAUACGCUGCACUUCUGGAAGAGCUUUCCAGGAAAGAUGACGGACUCUCUGCGGAAACCGUCUCGCCGCUUGGUGUGUGAGAGCGGCAACAAAGCCCUGACCCUGCAGAACGCCGGGCGCUUCUCGGUCAACUGGUUCAUCCUUUUCAACGACGCUCUCGUCCACGCUCAGUUCUCCACUCAUCACGUCUUCCCGUUGGCGACGCUCUGGGUGGAGCCGAUGUCAGACGAGAACGCUGGCCUGUACGGGUUAAAGUUGACCUCACCUGAGGAGAGCUUCACGCUGCUGGCGUCCUCGCCAUCUGAAAAGGCAAAGUGGUUGCGUGCUAUUAACCAGGCUGUGGAGCAGGCACUGAGUGGGGCGGGGUUACACACAGCCCCUCCUACAUCCGGGGCGGGGUUGAGAGCAGACCCGCCCAUUUCCCGAACCGCCUCCUACACCUUCUAUAAGGACAGCAGGGUGAAAGACGCGGUCUACGAGGGACGCUGGGUGGCAGGGAAGCCUCACGGGAGGGGCGUAAUAAAAUGGCCAGAUGGAAGGAUGUACACCGGGAUGUUUAAGAACGGACUCGAGGACGGAUUUGGCGACUAUAUUGUUCCUAACAAGAACCUUAACAAGAAUGAUCAUUACCAGGGCCAAUGGAAAGACGGCAGGAUGCACGGAUUUGGGAUUUUCAGAUACGCCACAGGAGAAGUGUAUGAGGGCUCGUUUCAGGAUAACAUGCGUCACGGCCAUGGCAUGCUGCGAAGCGGCAAGCUCAACUCCACGUCCCCGAGCGUCUUCAUCGGCCAGUGGCUGAACGACAAGAAAACUGGCUACGGCGUGUUCGAUGACAUCACAAGAGGAGAGAAGUACAUGGGUUUAUGGCAGGAUGAUCAGAAGCAGGGCAACGGCGUCAUCGUCACACAGUUUGGUCUUUACUACGAGGGAGCUUUCAGGGACAAUAAAAUGAUGGGGACCGGCGUUUUACUUUCAGAAGACGACACCACGUUCGAGGGGGAUUUCUCAGAAGAUUGGACUCUAAAUGGAAAGGGCACUCUGACGAUGCCAAAUGGCGACUACAUCGAGGGUUCCAUCAGCGGAGUUUGGGGAACCGGUCUGAAGAUUUCAGGGUCCUACUACAAACCCAACCUGUACGACACGGACAAGGAUAAGAGUCGUGCGCUUAAACUGGGUCAGUUCUCAGUACACCCCGAGGACAAGUGGAAGGCGGUGUUCGGGGAGUGCUGGAGCCGGCUGGGGUGUGACACACCGGGACAGGGAGAGACCAGAGCGGCCUGGGACAACAUCGCUAUAGCGCUGACCACGAACAGAAGACAACACAGAGACAGUCCUGAGCUGCUGAGUCGUUCCCAUAAUAAAACCCUGGAGAGCCUGGAGUUCAUCCCUCAGCACGACGGACCUGUCACGCUGGAGAAGUACGAGACCAUCCGCCGCUAUCUCAUUAAGGCGUGUGACACACCCCUGCACCCGCUGGGCCGGCUUGUAGAGACGUUGGUAGCCGUGUACCGCAUGACGUACGUGGGCGUCGGAGCGAACCGCAGGCUGCUGCAGCAAGCCGUCAACGAGAUCAAAUCCUACCUCAGCCGCAUCUUUCAGAUCGUCAGGUUCCUGUUUCCUGAUCUUCCGGAGGAAGGCGGGUUGCUGGUCGAGGCUCCAAACGAAAAGAAGGAAUCGAAGUCGACCAGCAGUGAGCUCGAGUCUCCGAAACCAGGGCGUGUGGUCAGCAGCUCCGCCUUGCUCCUGCCCGUCUUGCUCCCGCGUCUCUACCCGCCUCUUUUCACACUCUACGCUCUGGACAAGGAGAAAGAGGACGACGUGUACUGGGACUGUGUGCUGCGUCUUAACAAGCAGCCCGACCUCGCUCUUCUCGCCUUUCUCGGAGUGCAACAGAAAUUCUGGCCCGUGACUGUCACAGCACAUGGAGAAAAGCAACAGGUCCUGCCCGGCACUAAAGACGCCUGUUUUGCUUCAGCUGUUGAGACACUGCAACAAAUCAGCACAACAUUCACUCCCUCUGACAAGCUGCAGGUCAUCCAGCUGACCUUCGAGGAGAUAACCCAGGAAGUGCUUGCCUUACUUAAACAGGACUUCCUGUGGUCCAUGGAUGAUCUGUUUCCUGUUUUUCUCUAUGUCGUUCUGCGUGCUCGAAUAAGGAACCUGGGGUCAGAGGUCAGUCUGAUAGAGGACCUCAUGGACCCAUGUGUGCAGCACGGAGAGCACGGCAUCAUGUUCACCACGUUAAAGGCAUGUUAUUAUCAAAUUCAGCAUGAGAAGAUCACAUAGGAAGCACGACGAUGAGCAAAAUCAUGGACUGACACGUGAUGAGCUGAUCGUGGGCGUGGCCAGGAUCGCAAUGCAGCUACCUGACAGGGAAAAACUCUUCCUGUUCAUUCCGUUGUCUUUUUUUUUUGUUGUUGUUUUUUGUUUGGUUGUUUUGUCUGCUUUCAGACCUUAACCUUUAUAUGUGUACUUAAAUGUGGAUUUUGAAAUCUAACCUUUAAAUCAGCAAUCCUGUGAAAUAAGAACAUCUGGAUGCAUGAAGUCGCACGAGGGUGCCAAUAUUUUCGCCUUUACACAUUUUUUUUCAGUGCAACACCUGAGAUACACGAAUCCUGUUUCUUAGCACUAAAGGUUGAAGUUUGCCUAGUUAUAUACCUGAAGGAGGGAUUGGAUGAUGUCAUUGGGGGCGGUCACAUGCUGCUCAUGCUGUUCCUGUGAAAGUGUUUUAUCCGAGGUGCAUUCGCUCGGUUAUUCUUGUCGAACACUAUUUAAACAGACUUGAAGUUGCUCUCGUGCCACGGUUAUUUUAGAUUUUGUUUUUCAUCUUUACUAUAAGCCAGAUGUUUAACUCUCUCACAGACGCACACCUAUUUAAAUGUGAAUUUUUUUUUUUCUCCUUGUGCGAAAAUCGUGUGUGCACAAGACUGUGUAUGAGUGAGAGAGAUGCAGAUAGUGAGUGUGUUGCAUACAGCAAUACCUUUUACAGUAUUCUGAACUGACAGUGAUACUGACGUGAUUGUUUUUAAUAGCUGAGGUUUUAUUUAUUUAAGGUAAACGUCUGGUUGCUUGUCUGUACAAAAUCUGUGAAUGAUAAUCUGUACAAAAUCUGUGGAUAAUAAUCUGUACAUUAUCUGUGGAUAAACUAAUAUAUUGACACUUGUCUUUCUGAAGUAACGAAAUGACACAGUGGAAAAUCAUUUGAAACUCGCUCAGCAGUGAAAUAUCAUGAACUACUUUUCGAAUUCUUCUUGUGUAAAUGUUGUCUUUCCAAGACAUUGUGACGGUUUACCCAGUCAGUGCUUUCUGUCCAGAACUGUCUUUCUACCUCCAGAGGGCAAUAAAGUAUCUGAUGGAA